AUGUCUGUGGUUCUUGCAAUUGUGGCAAUCAUGGUAAACCUGCAUGAAGACACCAACAACAAUUCAUCUCCGUUGAUCCAAGCCUCCAAAAGAGGCCUCUCAUUGAAUGCUUCCAAAGCUUCAAGAGCUCAUUGUUUCAAUGUCAUGGCCACCCUUCUCCAAAUCUCCACUGAGCUCUUUGUUUUCCCUGAAUUCACCAUUUUUGCAAUCCAAGAUUCCUCCAUUUCCAAUAUUUCAGGCCAUCUACCUCCUUGGGCAAUGAAGCAACUCCUCCAGUGCCACUCUUCCCCUGUAAAGCUUCCCAUACAAGAAUUAUUCAAGAAACCCGAAGACAGUUGCUUCAGUACUCUACUUCACGAUAAGAUCAUCAAGAUUACAAAGAAGGAUGAAGAAAAGCAUGAAAUUGAGGUCAAUGAUGUGAUGAUUUCUCAUCCUGAUGUGUUUCUUGGAGGCCCCUUUUCAGUGCAUGGUGUUCUCGGAUCAUUCUCAUCAUUAGACCUUCGUGAGCAUAUUGAUCAAGAUUGGAACUUUAUUCACUCCCCCACUUGUGGAAAUUUUGAUCAGAGUCAUCGUUUGAACGGUACUAAUGAGAUAAAGGACUUUGUUCGAUGGCCAAGUAUAAUUCAGUUUCUCAGUGCUAACGGAUUUGUCCAAUUUGCGAAAGGAUUGCGGUCUGUUGUUGAUGGGGUUGUUCAAGAGUAUGCUGAUUUGAGCUCCGUCACCAUCUUAGCUCCACCAUAUUUCACGUUCAUAGCACUCUCAGCACUACUGCUAGAUAGAGUUGUGAGCUUACAUGUAUUGCCGCAGAGAUCACUGGCAAUUGAUGGGGUAGAGAUCACAGAAGCAGAGAUUUUCUCAUCCAGAGAAGUUGUGAUCCACGGAAUCUCUAGAGCUCUUGCACUGCAUCGUGGUCCUUCGGAUAAACACCUGAGGAACUACUCGGAGGAGCUACUGAUCUUUUCUGAGUUCUUUCUCCUUGUGAUUAUUUCAUCAGAUGUUUGUUCUUUCUACAUGAUACCUUUCUACAUCUCACUGUCAGGUCCUGGACUGGAAUAUGCUUCUAGUGUUUUGCGGAUGAUCUACCUUCUUUGA